CUCCGAUCCUUUUUAUCCCAAUUCCUUCCUCCCUCUCUCUCCUCGUUCUGAGGGUUAAUCCCUAGAGAUGGCCAAGGGGAAGAGAGAGAGGAGAAUACUUGCAUUCACGGGGGCAGCGGCGCUUGUGGCCGUCGGCCUAAAUCUCCUCAUCUCAGCAAUCAACGCCCAGAAAGCGAAGAAGAAGAAGAGAGAUCUUUUGGGUUCAAGUGUCCGGGUCAAUCUAUCUGCAUCAGAGAUUCAGAGAUUGACUGACCAAAUCAUUUCUAAAUCAAAAGAAAUACAUGAUUUGGUUGCUUCGGUUCCCCUUGAGAAAGUAACAUAUGCAAAUGUUAUCGCUCCUUUGGCAGAACUAGAGGCUUACCAAUUUCCUUUGGUGCAAUCUUGUCUGUUUCCAAGAAUGGUAUCUACUUCAAAUGAUGUUCGCAAAGCCAGUAUUGAAGCUGAGAAACGAUUAGAUUUACAUUUUUUGAUGUGCAGAAAGCGAGAGGAUGUAUAUCGUGUCGUCAAGGCAUUUGCUGAUAGAGGAGAAUGGCUAAGCUCUGAAGCAAAACGAUACAUCCAAUGCUUGGUUAGAGAAUUUGAACGGAAUGGUGUUAACCUGACUAUGAGCAAGAUAGAGGAAAUGGAGAAAUUAAAAUCACAGAUAGAUGAACUAAGUUUGCGGUAUGUCCAGAACCUAAAUAGUGAUAAUAGUUUCAUUCUCUUUGGUGAGCCAGAGCUAGCUGGGAUGCCUCCCCAAUUCAUCAAGAGUUUGGAGAAAACUGAAAGUGCAAAACUGAAGAUUUUCUUGAAAAGUUAUCAUGUUACUCCAAUACUUGAGCACUGUAUGAUAGGAUCUACCAGAAAGCUGGUUGCUGUGGCUUAUGGCCAGCGAUGUGGAAAAGAAAACCUUGAUGUUUUAGAAAAUUUGGUCCAACUGCGCCAUAAAUUUGCUCGGUUACUUGGUUAUUCUAACUAUGCAGAUUUUGCUGUUGAAACUAAAAUGGCAAGGACAUCAUUGAAGGUUUUUGAGUUUUUAGAGCAUGUUUCCAUCAAAGUGAGCAACCUGGCAACUAGAGAGCUUAAUGUACUUAGGGAUCUAAAGAGAGAGGAGGAAGGGGAUUCUCCCUUUGGAAUGGAAGAUCUGCUAUAUUACAUGAGGAGGGUGGAAGAAGAACAGCUUGAUCUAGACCUUGGAGAAGUUAAACAAUAUUUUCCUGUCAACUUAGUUCUGACUGGCAUUUUCAAAAUAUUUCAAGAUCUAUUUGGUCUAAGAUUUGAGGAAAUUAAAGAUGUGGAUGUCUGGCAUGAAACUGUCUGCCUGUAUUCUGUUCUUGAUUAUAGUUCCAAUGAGCUUUUGGGUUACGUUUAUCUUGAUAUUUUUUCCAGAGAAGGAAAAUUUGCCCAUACUUGUGUUCUGCCACUUCAAAAUGGCUGCUUGUCUUCUAAUGGCACACAUCAGAUCCCAAUUGCGCUAUUGAUAUCUCAAUAUCCAACACAAAUAGAUGGGAAACCAGUGCUACUGAGGUUCUCCGAAGUCGUUAGUCUUUGCCAUGAGUUCAGCCAUGUGGUCCAUCAUAUUUGCAGUCGAGCAACUUUUUCAAGGUUUUCUGGACUAGGUGUCGAAGGUGACUUCGUUGAAAUUCCUGGUCAUGUUCUUGAGAAUUGGUGUUAUGAGAGCAUCUCUCUGAAAAUGAUGUCUGGUUUUCAUCAGGAUAUCACAAGAUCUGUCACAAGUCAGAUGUGUAAGUCACUGAAGAGAAGACGAGAUAUGUUUUCUGGCCUUAAACUAAAGCAAGAAAUUCUACUUUGUCUGGUUGAUCAGGUUAUUCACUCAAGUGAGAAUGUGGACAUAGUAGAGUUACUCAAGCAUCUCCAUCCUAAGGUAAUGUUAGGAAUACCAUUGUUGGAAGGGACCAACCCAGCCUCGUGUUUCCCUCGAAUUGCUAUCGGCUAUGAAGCUGUCUGUUAUACUUAUAUCUGGAGUGAAGUCUUUGCUGCUGAUAUAUUUGCUUCAAAAUUUCAAGAUAAUUUGAUGAACCAGUAUGCUGGGUUGCAGUUCAGGAAUAAGGUAUUAGCCCCAGGAGGAGCUAAGGACCCCCUCGAGAUUCUAUCAGAUUAUCUGGGAAGGGAACCAUCAAUUCAGCCAUUCGUUGAAUGCAAAAGCAAGAAUAAUUUGUGAAAGUGCAUGUAACUUAUUUGUCGAACAAAAAUCUUUCUAGAAUCAUUUUACUUUGAUGCUUUCAUGCUGGGGUUAAAAAAAAAAUUGUGCAGAGUAUUUUCAAUUUAUUGGUUCAAAGUAUUUUGCAAA